ACCCAAUUCAAUUCGAGCUAGAUCACUAUCAUCAGACCAUCGACAAUGGAUCACUUUCCUGGAACAUCAUGGGGUAAACCUCGAAACGAUGCUUUUGAUCCUUAUGCCACUUUCCCUAUCAGCUCGAUUAAUGGGCCGAAAGUUGACACUUUUAGUGAGGGUGUCCAGAGAACACAACAGCCUAUCGUUACAGGUACAUCGGUUUUGGGUGUCAAAUAUAAGGGCGGCGUGAUGUUGGCCGCUGAUAUGUUGGCUUCAUACGGUUCGCUGGCUCGAUUCAAGGACAUCCAACGUCUGAUCCCUGUGGGCGAACACACUGUGGUGGGAGCUGGAGGAGACCUUUCUGAUUUUCAAUAUGUGAAGAAAAUGCUGGAAGCUCGUAUGGUGGAAGAGACUCUAGCCGAUGACGGCCAUGUUCUGACCACAUCUCAGAUAUUUGAAUAUCUCGCCAGGGUGAUGUACAAUCGACGAUCUAAAGUCAAUCCGCUAUGGAACUCGUUCGUAGUGGGUGGUGUCGAAGGCCGAACCGGAGAACCAUUUCUUUCCUAUGUCGAUCUCUUGGGUACAACUUAUUCUUCACCUAGUAUCGCCACUGGUUAUGGAAGCUAUAUUGCUCAACCAAUGUUGCGAAAGGUUAUAGAUGACCUACCCAAUGGGUGUAAUGACUUGGAGGCCGAUGUUGCUCGAAAGACUUUAGAAGAAUGUAUGAAGGUCCUCUUUUACCGAGAUGCGAGAAGUUUGAACAAGUUUCAAAUUGCUAAUGUCACUAAGGCGGGCGUGGAGAUUUCUGGACCCAUCCAAGCUCCAACAGAAUGGGCUUUUGCUGAAGGCUUGAGAGGCUAUGGACCACAG